AUGAAGUUUACUGUCGUCAUUGCUACUGCUGCCACCGCUGUCGCGGCCUUGCCGGUCUUCGCCGAAGAGGAAUUUUGUGGCCAAUGGAGCUCCACGCAGACGGCCGACUACAUCAUCUUUAACAAUUUGUGGGGACAAGACAACGACAAGGCUGGCGGUCAAUGCACAGGUCUCGACAGCGUCGACGGUUCUACCAUCGCCUGGCACACGAGCUUCAACUGGGCCGGCGAUAACUGGCAGGUUAAGUCGUUCGCCAAUGCCGCGCUCAAGUUCGCCCCAGUGCAAAUUUCGAGCGUUGCGUCGAUCCCCUCGACUAUUGAGUACGAUUACAAGUACGACGGUAACAUCAUCACGAACGUGGCGUAUGAUCUGUUCACUAGCGCAACCGCAAACGGCACCGUCGAGUACGAGCUAAUGGUCUGGCUGGCUGCGCUUGGUGGCGCUUGGCCUCUCACUACGACGGGAAAGCCUAUUAAGGAGGUGAAGGUUGGCAGCGUCGACUUCAAUCUGUACCAGGGCAAGAACGGCAAUACCACGGUCUUCUCGUACGUUGCGGUUAACACGACCAAGAGCUUCACGGCAGACUUCAAGCAGUUCUUCGAUGAGCUGCCAGCUGACAAUGCAAUCGCGUCGACCCAGUAUCUGACCCAGGUGCAGGCUGGCACGGAGCCGUUCCAGGGCAAAAACGCCACUCUGACCGUGUCGAAAUACUCGGCAGCAGUCAAUUCGUGA